UUCCGGUGACGUCACGAGUCCGGUGUUGUGCUGAUGGCGGCGGAGGAGCGGUGGUACUUCACGCGGGAGCAGCUCAACAACUCGCCCAGCAGACGAUGUGGAAUAGACGCCGAGAAAGAACUAUCCUACCGCCAGCAAGGGGCAAACCUCAUCCAGGACAUGGGCCAGCGGCUGCAAGUUAACCAGCUGGCAAUCAACACCGCCAUCGUGUACAUGCACCGCUUCUACAUGUUCCACCCCUUCACCCGCUUCCACCGCAAUGCCAUUGCGCCGGCCGCCCUCUUCCUGGCAGCCAAGGUGGAGGAGCAGCCCCGGAAGCUGGAGCAUGUCAUCAAGGUGGCCUACCAUUGCCUCUUCAGGGACCAGCCCGCCCUUGACACGCAGUCUGAGGGCUACCUGGAGCGGGCGCAGGAGCUGGUGGUCAAUGAGAACAUCCUCCUGCAGACCCUGGGCUUUGACGUUGCCAUAGACCACCCCCACACCCACGUGGUCAAGUGCUGCCAGCUCGUGCGCGCCACCAAAGAUUUGGCCCAAACCUCGUAUUUCAUGGCCACCAGCAGUCUUCACAUGACCACCAUGUGCCUCCAGUACAAGCCAACAGUGGUAGCCUGUGUCUGCAUCUAUAUUGUCUGCACAUGGAGCCACUAUGAAAUCCAGAGGGUAACAGAGGGCAGGGACUGGUUCUGGUAUGUGGACAAGACCGUGACCCUGGAGCUGCUGGAGACCCUCACGGCAGAGUUCCUCACUAUCCUCGACAAGUGUCCAAACCGCUUGAAGAAGAUCAUGAACUCCUCGCAACACACUGAGGACCGAGGGCGCGGCGGCCAGCCCGGGUCAUCAUCCGUGGCGGCCCCGUCCUCCCGCUCUGCUCUCCCCAGCAGUGCCCAGUCCUCCACCCUGUCCUCCCGUGCCCAUGACCACAACUCCCAUAGUAAAGCAGCCAUCAAGGUGCCGGCCACACAGACCCACCAGCACCAGCAGCCCUCAAAGCUGAACCUCAAGGAAUACAAUGAGAAGCGGGAGAAGGAGCGGAGGGAGCGUGAAAAGAUGCGAGACAGAGACAUCGUUGACCCCAGGGAGAGUAAACAGUUUGCCCUCGUCUCCACCUCCCACACCUCUCAGACGGUGAGCUCAGCGGUGGCGUCCAUAGCCUCUUCCCACGCAGCUGUGCACUCUGGCUUACCCAUGCGGUCGAAGAAUAGCAAGAGUAGCAGCGGGAGGGGAGGCAGCCACCCUGACCACCUCAAGGCCUCUGUACAUAGCAACCACAAGACUCACAGCCACUCCGCUGCUGCCCAGGUGGUGCGGGACUCCCAACCCUCACUGGAGUCCCUCAGAGUCACCGAGACACCGCAGCAGCAACAGCAACCACAGAGAAGGGACCUGAGUGCACGUAGUGAUAGUGAACGCUAUGAAAAGGCUAGCAGGACUAGUAGCAGUGCUGUAGACGGGAGGUUACAGGGUGAUGUGAAACCUAGCGCGUCGGACAUUAGACAACAGCAGCAAUUGUUAGACGUGAAGCCCUCUAGACAGUCCUUAGAUUCCGCACUGAUAAAGAGGGAAAAGGAGGUUAAAGUGGAACAGAAGAGUGCAGUGGAGCGCAAACCUCCCGAGCCCGUCAAGCUUGAGCUGUUGAAAGUGAAGGCGGAGGUGAAAACCGAACCAAAGGAAGAAGUGAAAUCACAGUACAAUACAAUAUUUAAUAAUAGUGACUUACCCGAGUUUGCCCUCAGUGACUUUAUGAACGACAACACUUUCCUCAACCUCAGUGACGGACCUCCCGACCAACUCUUUGACAACUCAGACACGGAGACUAAACCAGACAUUUCGGCCAUAAUCGAGGACAACAACCUGCUUGCCCCACCUACCCAGCAGCAGAAGAAGUCCCCAGUCCCUACUCAACAGAGCCAGCAGGUACCUGGAACACAAACGCAACACCAGCACGCAAGCAGCAAUAUUACAACCACAAACGCCAGUGCUGGAGGUGGCAGCGGUGGUGGUGGUGAACCGAGAGUAGCUGAGAGUGUGACUCCGGCUGCGGGGGCUAACCACCACAGCACCAGACACCACAAUACCAAUGCCACCGCCACGAAUGGGGCGGUCGCAGCACCACAGCCCACACACACCACGCCACAAUCCUCAAAAAGCUCCAGUAAGAGAGCGGCGAGGGAGGCGGAGAAGAAGAGCAGCGAGCAGCGGGCGAGUACUGAGGCCGAGCUUGUGCCAAUGGUCACCAAGCUUGAGGACACCAGGUACCGGACGGCUCUGAGCGACCCCGCCACGCCCAUCAAGGUACGGCCCGACGCUGCCAAUGCUGCUGCUGCUGCUGCUGCCAACGCUGCUGCCACGCAUACCCCGACUAAGCCCCCACCCAUGGCGCCCCUCACCACACCCGUGCCCACCCCUGAACCCCCACAGAAGCCUCCCCCAGAGCCUGUGUUGAGGGUGAAGGUGCCACAGCCUGAACACACCAAGGAGCCCCAGCCACCUCAGCAACCCCAGGCCCAACAACCUGCACCCCAGGGGGAGGCCGGGGUGCCGGGGGUAGGUGGGGGCCCCGGCGCUGUUCCUGCUGACCACAAGAAACACAAGAACGAGCACCUGCACCACAAGCACAAGGAGAAGAAGAAACAUAAACAUAAAGAGAAGGAGAAGCACAAGGACAAGGAACACAAGGAACACAAAGAACACAAGGAGAAAAAGAAGCACAAAAAGCACAAAGACAAGGAGAAGGACAGAGACAAGGCUGCCAAGGCUGCCAGUGCCGCGGCGGGUGAUGGGGGCACGGCACCCAUCAAGAUCACCAUCCCCAAGGACAAGAUCAUGUACACCCCCAAGCCCACCAUACCCCCGCUGAGGACACACGCAGCCUCGGCACCACCUGCAGCACCCGUCUCUGUCACUGCCAAUCCUAACAUCACAGCAGGCCCGCCCUCCACUCCGGGGAUCCCCAAGUUCAAGAUUGACAAGUCCAAGCUGAACAAAAAGGACCUUUUCGGGGGCACAUCCUCCACCUCGCCCGAGAGCAGUCCGGCUGGCGGCGAGCUGGCCCGUGACACGCCCACUACCUCGCUGAAAAUCAAGAUCAGCCGCGACCGCCUGCGUCCAGACAAGGAGUCCAAGAAGAGGGAGAGAGACCACAGCCCGGGGGAGGCGCUUCCGGCCAAGAUCCCGCGCAACGGCAGCGAGGUGCGGGGCGGCCACGCAACCCCUCAGGUACCCAUAAAGGAGUUGGAUCCCAGUAGGUGGAGCUCUCAGAGGCAGUAGUACUAGCACACUCUAGGCAACUGACCUGACAUGACCUAGCCUUCCUGACCCAACAUGAGCUGGUAUAAUAUUUCUUACCUUACCUGGGCCACAAGGCAAUAUGAUGGUGUCAAGGCACAUAUAUUUUGCUAGUGCCUUUAAUACCUUUUAUGGAGAAGAGCUUAUAGUCGAAAUCUAAGAGAACUGUACAGUUGACAUCAUUGUCUUAAUAGUAAUAAUAAUAAUAAUGAUAAUAAAUGUAAAGUUAUGUGUAGUAGUGCUAGUUUUGUGAGCCAGGAGGGGAGAGAGCGUAAGAGGUGGACCAGCUCUGGGGUCGGGAGUUUGGGCUGUGCUGGUGGUGGGUGCAGGGGGGGGACAUGGCCUUCACAACACAUGUAGCGUGUUCUGCUAAUGUCCGCUUAGUUGGGUGUGACUCGGCCUGCACUGGGAAGUCCUUCGUUGUAACUCUGUAUGUUUCCACGUCUCUUCAUUAUCCUCUGGCACAUUACGGGUCAACUGGCAGGCAGUCACGAACGAGUUUCUCUGCUCGGUAUUCCUUGAGUAGUUGAGUCAGUGUCAGCACAGUACUGAGUCAGUUUCCCAGGCCCCACAUGCCACCCAUCCUCUGCCGCUCACUCCCCACCACCACUGGCAACAACAAGCUGGGUCCAAACGCAAUGCUCGGCCAUGCUGGGUCAGGGUGGGAGGCGACAUGUCAGCGUCAGUGUGCCUUUACAACGUGCGCUAGUACACCCAAGUUGCCUGUUGAGAGCCGUGGGCCGCCAUGAGCUGCCGUCAACGCCUCCUCCUGCUCCUCGGCUGCCUGGACCCCUCGCUGCUGGAGGACGAAGCUCUGCAAAGGUCUUCUGGUCGUCGGCUGUGAUGAGUCACCACCUCGGCCCGUCGCUGCUGCGGCUGUGGGUGUGACACUUUAUUCUCCUCGACACUCCUCUCUUCACCGUUGAAUUGUUUCCCUUCUCCCUUUCUCCCUCCCUCCCACACUCCUUUCCUCCCUGCAACAUAACUUGAAGAACAGGAAGUUACCCAUACCUAGAAAUGUUUAAUAAUCUUGAGCUGUUCGUUUUGUAUUGUACUUACUACUUAUGCAUCAUAAUCAUACUACACAGAGCUUGUAUCAUCAGCAUGUAUGUGUUAUGUUGUGAGGAUUUUUAAGUUUAAAAAUUCGUCUUCUCAAUGAGAAGAUCUGCAGGAGCUCGUAUUUGUGGAGUUUCUUGAUAGCCUCUGAUCUGGAGGAAGGAAGCAACUUUGGUUCACACACUCAGGUACUCUCACGGUAACACCGGCAGUCAUGUUUACCCUGCAUAAAGGUGAAGUAACCUUAUCUGUUUAUAAAUAUUUAUUAUUUACUAUUAAUGUUAUUCUUGUGUUGUUAGUUUGUGAACCGAACAUCAAUGCAUCUGGCAAAGGAAACUGUUCAAGUUUUGCUCAAUGCUUUUUGUGAUGAAUCAUGGACAAACCCCAUGCAUUAGUUUUUGUAUAGCAGUUGUUGUACAAAGUGAAACAAUGUUUUUGUAAACUUA